GGCGUGUCCAACUACAGUACUUUCGAUAUAAAAGUAUAGAAUAAUAUAGUUGAAAAUAACCCUGAAAUCUUCACACUGAGAAGAACUGGACUGAUGUCUGAUGACUUAUCUCACAGAGAUGCAGACAGAUUUGGAGUUUCAGCAGGUGCUGUUAAAAGUGCAGGAGUCUCUCACUGUCAAUGAGGUGCAGGACCUGGUGUUCCUCUGCUCUGAACUUCUGAGUCUGAAAGACCUGAGCACCAUGAGCUCAGCCGGACAGCUGUUCAGUCUUCUGGAGAACAGGGACCUGCUGUCAAGGGAGGAUCCGUCUCUGCUUCUAGAGCUGCUCAGGAUCCUGAAGCGGAACAGCCUGAUCCGCAGUCUGACCUCAGAGGAAGUUAUGCCAACCAACGGCACAACAUACAGUCGACUAAUCUCCACAUACAGACAGUUCUUGUAUGAGCUGUCAGAGUCCAUCUGUGAGCAGGACCUGAAAAACAUCAAAUUCCUCCUGUUAAAAACACUAUCGCGCAAAAAACUGGAGAAAGACACGACGCUGUUGCAGUUGUUUUUGGAGAUGGAGAAGGAGGGCCUUUUGGAUGAAAAUAAUUUGGACUUUCUGCAGAAAAUUAUAGCAGAUAUCAAUCCAAGUUUAGGAAAAAGAAUCAUUCAAUACAAAACGGAGAGUUUUAAGAUUGACAUAGUGAAGGAGCAGGUGAACAGACUAAAUCUGACUGAAGGUGCUGAUGUGGCUAGUAGAGAUCAGAGCCAGAACUCAGUGACUGAAAAUGCAGAAAUCCCACAGUAUGAGAUGAAGGGGGACAAGAGAGGUGUCUGUCUGAUCAUCAACAACUAUGACUUCAAAAAGUGUAGACUACGGGACAGAGACGGAACAGACAUUGACAAAAAAAGUCUGGAGGUUGUGUUCGAGUGGUUGGGCUUUGAGGUCGUAACCAAACAGAACUGUGAUCGCCAUCAGAUUCUGCAGGUGCUGAGGGACCUGGCCGCUCGUGAUCACACAUCAGCGGAUUGCGUGGUGUGUUGUGUGCUGAGCCACGGAAAAAUAGAAGGCAUUCUUGGGGUCGAUGGAAAGAUUGCCACCUAUAGGGAGCUAAUAGAGACCCUGAGUCCGAGUCAGUGUCCCUCUCUCUUCAAAAAACCCAAACUGUUCUUCAUCCAGGCCUGCAGGGGUACCAACGAUCAGCCAGCAGCACUUCCUCAAAUUUUCCCAGAUGAUGAAGUCAUGCCAGUCAGUGAUGCAGCUGUACCCAGAGACUCCAUACCUGAGAUGGCAGACUACCUGCUAGCCAUGUCUACUGUACCGAACUACGUCUCAUACAGGGAAAAACACCAUGGAACCUGGUUUAUACAGUCCCUCUGCUACCACUUGAAAAUGCUGGUGCCAAAGGGUUACGAUCUACUCUCCAUUCUGACGCAGGUGAAUAGCGAUGUGAGCAAAAAGACGGACAAAAGUGGUUUGAAGAAGCAGAUGCCACAGCCAGAGUUCACCCUCACCAAGAGAGUGGUUUUCCCUCCACCCAAAACUCACACUCCAUAAUGUCCUACUGCAGUUCAUGAUGUCUCUCAAACACAUCAGCAUGCACAGACACAGAUGUUCAUCAGAAAUGUUUACAUGACCUGUGAUGUUAUUAUAAUGAUUAUUAUAAAUACGGUAAUAUCCACUUCCCCAUCAAAAAAAUGAAAAUUUUAGAUGUUUUAUGUAAUCAACAAGUAGUUGUUUUAAAAUCUUAGUGACAAUAAUACACAGUGUGCACAAGCUUCAGAAGAGCACAAUACAAUCUAUGCAAUUUACAUUAAACUUGAAUGGAUUUGUCAUGC